UAACACCCUUAACUGGCUCACACAGCAGCACAACCUAAGCUAGCUAGUAAGCUUUCAGAACUCCUCUUUCUUGACAAGAUGAAGGUGGUGUUUGCAAGUGUGCUUCUUGUGUGCCUUGUCCUAAGCUCCUCAUUCUUGGAAAUCUCAAUGGCUGGUUCUGAUUUAUGUGACUCAAAGUGUGGACAGAGGUGUGCGAAAGCAGGGGUUAAGGACAGAUGCUUGAAGUUCUGCGGGAUCUGCUGUGAGAAGUGCAAGUGUGUGCCAUCUGGGACUUACGGAAACAAGCACGAGUGUCCUUGCUACAGGGACUUGAAGAACUCAAAGGGCAAGGACAAAUGCCCUUAAUUCUAUUAUUUUAUUAUCCACUUUCUAUGAUCGUCUCUAUCUCCAAACUUAUGCCACCCAUCUAUCACCUUAGUCCUUAAGUAUUUGCUGCAGCUUAUUAUUUAUCAUGUUCCUUUAUCCUCUUCUAUGAAUUAUUAUAUAUAAGAAUAUAAAGAUUUAUGAC